AUGCAUGCUGCUCAACCUAAAAUUGACAACGAGCAACUCAACAAGAUUCUUCCCGCCAAAGUCCGCAAGGAGCCGCUGACGUCAAUCAAAAACAUACAAGUUACAGCCCAUCGUCAGAGCUCCUUGCCGUCCAACCCCCUGUACAAAGCCGGACUUGGGUUUCCCCCAAUUCCCAUGAUUCAGCAGAAAACACUCUCCACGCCCGUUCAACAAGUCUGUGUCCAACUAAACAAAAGCUCUUCCCGAAACAGAAUCAUCACUUCCCAAUCACAGUGCAGAACCCCCGAGUCGGUUCUCCGAGACACCAAGCGAUGCCUUACCCCGUACGAGCAGAACGAAAUCAAGGACUACCGUCACGUUUGGUACGUGGGAGAAAAGGCCAAGAAAAUGCGACACUCCAAAGAAUCCACGUCGGUGACGGAAGGCGAGUCCUUCGACGACUCCAAAGGCUUCUACAAAGUGAGACCUGGAGACCACCUGGCCUACCGCUUUGAGGUCCUCGGGGUGUUGGGAUCGGGACUGGCUGGAAAGGUGCUCAAAUGUAGAGACCACAAGACCAUGACACUUAUCGCCAUCAAGGUCUUCCGAAACACUGCCGAAGGUCAAAAGAUUGCCCAGACAGAGUUGGAGAAUCUAAAGACCCUGCAGCGACUAGACAGAACCAACAAAGCCAACAUGGUCCACAUGAAGGAGCACUUUUACUUCCGCAAUCACCUCUGCAUCACCUUUGAACUAUUCGAAAAGGACCUCCAUAAAGCUCUCGUGGAAAGUAAAUUGCGACGACUGUGCGAGACCGACAUCAGGAAAUAUGCUAUCGAUGUGCUAAAGUGUCUGAAGGUGCUCAAAGACGUGCAACUCAUCCACGGAGACUUAAAACCGGAAAACAUUCUGUUGGACAAGGAAAACAACGCUGCCGUUAGUGACUUUGGGGGGAGCAUCUUUAUCCGAGGCCGGCCCACCAAUCAGACACUGGCGUACAUGGCUCCGGAGCGUCUCCUUGGCAGGUGUUGCACCACAGCCUCGGACAUGUGGAGCCUAGGCUGCACGUUGGCUGAGCUCGACUGGGGCUUAUUUCUCUUCAAAGGCAAAGACAAAGGCGACAUUUUCAACUGUAUAACAAAGGUGCUGGGCCACCCGCCGUUAGACUUACUGGCUGCUGCGACCAGGAAAAACUACCAUAUCGAGAGCUCAGACUCCGAAGACAAAAAGCAACCAAAGACUCCCCUGGCCACCAAACUGAAGUCUAAAAAUCCCAAGUUCCUGGACUUUAUUCGGUGCUGUCUCGAAUACGAUGCAACAAAGCGGCUUACCCCGGAGAAGGCUUUGCGACAUCCGUGGAUCAAACAGGCAACCAAACACACAUAUAACAGGCCGACCAUAAGCAGUUUACUGAAGAGAGAGAAGAUUCCGCCGCCAAUGUUGCAGCCGGCGACACAAUUCAAAUAA